AUGCCACCCUGCUUGGUCCUUCCUCUGACCCCAGCCUUGGCUGCCCCGUCUCCCUGGGGCGCCUUCUGGGUUUUUGGGGGUCCCCCUCGUAUCAACACGACAGACACCCAGAUCCUGCUUUCGAGGCAAUCACUCACUGAGGACGAGAAAGCCCGGUUCGGCCUGAGUGCGGCUGAGGACCUCACCCCCCGGCUCAGGGCGGCCUUCGAGCGGCAAGCCGUGGCCCUGACGCUGCAGGAGGAUGGAGCAUCCCUGACCCUUUCAGGGGGGCCCUCAGAGCUGACCUUUGACCUCUUCAAGGUGCCAGGCCCAGAGGCAGCCCCCAGGUUGCAGGCGCUGACGCUGGGCCUGGCAAAGCGUGUGUGCAGCCUGGAACAGCGGCUGGCAGCUGCUGAGGAGACAGCCGCCAGCCCCAGGAAAAGCCCCCGGCCCUCGGGGCGCCAGCUCUUCUUACCAGACCCGGAGCCCCAGAGAGGCGGCCCUGGACCUGGGAUCAGGAGACGGUGUCCCGGAGAGUCCCUCAUCAACCCUGGCU